AGUAAGAAAAAAAGAAGACCCAUCAACACCCAUCUCUCUGUUUUUGGCCUUUGCUUUGAUUUCCAUCCAAGGCCCUUGGUUGGUAAUGCUUUUCCACCCAGAUUGCUGGCUUUACCAAGAAAUUUUCAUGAUAACUGAGCCUUCUCCCUCUCUCUCUCUCUCUCUCUCUCUCCAAACUCCCACUCUGCUUGUCCUUCCCAGAUCCUCUUGUUGUCCAAAACCCAUUUAAAAAUCGGCUCAUAUAUGUCUGAAUUCAUGAUCUGAAGCUCGAUUGAAGUACAGCUUACAGGUUCAAAUACUUCUGUCAUCAAAACCUCCUAGGAGUUUGAACUUGAAAAUGUGUCAAGGACUGUGUAAAGCUUUUAGUGUAGGUUUGUUUUAUCAAACCAGUAAAUUUUGUCCCAGUGAUGUUCUUCACCUCAUCAUGAUUUAGUUCUGUCCAAUAGAUUAGUAGGUUGCUAGCUUGGUGAAGAAAAGAGACUCCCAUAAGGAAUUAAUGGGGAUGGCGUAUCUGGAAAAUCCACAGACUUGGAUACCAUAUGAAAGCAGCAAGGACUGCUCUCAAGGGUUUUGUACCAUCUAUUGCCCACAGUGGUGCUACAUCGUCUACCCUCCUCCCCCUCCCUUUGGGUUCUCGGAAGAACAAGCCUCCAGCCCAAACUUGUCCCCUUUGGUGAUCGCCAUCAUUGGAAUUUUGGCAAGCGCUUUCCUACUUGUAUCCUAUUAUACCCUCAUCUCUAAGUACUGUGGGAAUUCGGAUUCAGUCAGAAGAAUAGAAAAUCAUGAACCAAGUGCAGAUUUCGACGAUGAUCCCACUCCCAAUUUGAACUAUGAAGAGUGGCAAGUCUCGACCAGGGGAUUGGAGGAGUCCUUAAUCAAGUCCAUCACAUUAUGCAAGUACAAAAGGGGAGAUGGGCUGAUUGAAGGAACGGAUUGCUCUGUUUGUCUGAGUGAAUUUCAAGAAGAUGAGAGCCUCAGGCUAUUACCCAAGUGCAGCCAUGCUUUCCAUGUUUCUUGCAUUGACACCUGGCUAAAAUCUCACUCAAACUGCCCUUUGUGUCGUGCACAUGUUGCUUCUCCUCCUCCUAAUCCAUCACCGCUUCAAUCACUGCCUCCAGUGCCAGAAACUCGUCCAGAGUCGACUGGAUCUUCGGUAGAAAGGUUACAGGAAAAUGAUAUAGUGGUUGCCAUAGGAGAUGCAGAAAGGAGUCGUGGAGAGGAGACGAGACAGACAGGCCAAUCUGCUCCGAAGAUCCCUUUGCGGGCUUUAAGUGAUCUAGGGGAUGCCGAGCAGAGGAACAUUAUAAUUGAGGUUCAACAAAUUAGGCGAUCUGUUUCCAUGGAUUCUUCAUGUCAAGGUCGCCUGUCAAUCGCUGAUAUAUUGAGCAUACGUGAAGAUGUAGACUCUCAAGAGGAAGAUCACCGGAUUACAGUAGGGGCAGGAUCAUCGAAGCAAGGUGGGGGAUCUUUUGGCAAGUCGUCUAGCAAUAGAAACAGGGUCUUACAUUGUGUUAUGAGUCCUGUAGCUAUGAAGAGAUCAUUUUCUAGUGGGAGAUUCAUGUUGACACGGCAUGGAAGAGGAAGGAAUUCCAUUAUUCCCUUGUGAAGAUUAUUUUCAUGUAUCAAAGAAGAAGAAAUCAUAUUGAAAUUACAGUUUCUUUUGUUCAGUAGAAUCAUAGCGAAUGUCUCGAGACAUCCAAAUUAGAAGGGAGGAGAUGGCCUUGGUGUGAAAAUCUUACAUCAAGUAAGUGUAUGGUGUAGCUUUUCUACUUGAAGUGUUGGAAUUCUCCUCUUUAAAUGAUAAUGGAGAGUCCAUUGAUGUUUUUGAAAUAUGUUUUUUUGGUUGUAAUUUCAGUCUCUCCCAUUGUGAUGAGCUUGUAACGAAAUAGAGUUCGGGUGCAAUUGCUUCCGUGUUACUCUUUCUCUC